AUGUCGUUCUUCGACAACUUCGACGUUGCCAAGCUGGCGUCGCAGCUGGGCAACUUCAGCAUCCCCGAUGACCCCGAGAUCAUCAACAAAGGCCACGCCGACUACGGCUACACCAACCACGGCGCUCACCCCGACGGCUACGACGGCCGGCCGCCCGACGGAUACGCCGGCGGUCCCCAGAACGGCGCCGUCGAGUACCGCCGCGACCACCCCGCCGCUUUCGGCUCCAGCGACCCGACACGCUCCGCCUACUCCGACCCCGUCUCCGAGGGCGCCGCCAUGACCUCGCUGGCCGCCGGUGUCGCCGCCAGUGCCGCGGCUGGCGCCUACGGAUCCCAGCCUCAGUAUCCCUCGCCCCAGCCGGGACGCUACGGCGACUCUGGCGGUGACGCGUCCAGUCCCUACCCGCAGUAUCAGCAUCAGCAGCAGCAAGACGCCCACGGUCGACCGCCGUCGCCGGGGUACGGGCGGCCUCCGUCGCCGCGCCUGCCGGAAGGGUGGGUGAAGCGCUGGGAUGAGAACAGUCGGCGGUGGUACUACGUCAACCAGGCCACCGGCACCUCGCAGUGGGAGGCGCCGGCUGCACCUUCGCCCGUGGUGUCGCCCCCGCCCAUGUCGCCUGGGUAUGGGGGACACGGCGACGCGUCGAGGUACGGUGGCCACUCGCCACAACCGCCCUACUCACCACAGCCCGGAUACGGGGGCCCUUCACACCAGCCAUCAUACGGCGGUCACUCGCCUCAGCCGGGGUACGGCGGUCACUCUCCGCAGCCACCGUAUGGGGAGUACGCCGCCGGCGCCGCCGCUGGGGCCGGCGCGGGGUACUACGCCGGUCAGCACUACGGCCAGAGUCAGCAGCACGGCUACGAGCAGCCGCAACCCUACGGCCAACCACACGGACAGCCCUACGGCCAGCCUCACCCCCAACAACCGUACGGCCAGCCCUACGAGCACGGCUACGGCGAGGAGAAGAAGAAAAAGAAGAAGGGCGGUAACGGAAACAUGUUGCUGGGUGUGGCGGGCGGCCUCGCAGUCGGCGCUAUCGGAGGCGCCCUCAUCGCCAACGCUCUGGACUCCGGCUCCGAAUCCGGCUCCGAGCACGAACACCACCACCACGAGCGCCGGUCGUCGUCCGGGUCCGAGGACCACUACCGCGAGCGCUACGAACGCGACGAGAGCGACAGGGGGUCCUCGCACGGUUCGGACGGUAGCGGAAGCGACCGCGGGGAGUCGGACGAGUAUUAUGACGACUGA